GACGUCAGAAGCAGGGACCGCAGGCCAGCUCGUUCGGAUGCUGCGUUCCGCUCUUAAAAUAACACCCUAAAUAAACGCAAAUACGUCGAAAGAAGUGGUGUAUCUACCUGAGACGGGACAGUUCGGUUGUAAGCCCUGUCAGGCCAUGGUGAGGGGCUGGGGGGCGGUGCUACGCCUGGUUUCCUGUCAGCGAGCGGCUGUGCUCAAACCAAACGUCCCUGGUCCUGCACCGUGGAGGAGCUGGAGCAGACCCACGGGGACUCAUCUCAUCAGCGGCCGCAGAGACGCAUCCAGUGAAGUGAGAGCACCACAGAUUAGAGUCAGGAUGCCUGAGAUCACCACCGACCACCUGGACGAGAAGCAGGUGCAGCUUCUGGCUGAAAUGUGCAUCCUGAUCGACGAAAACGACCAGAAGAUCGGAGCCGACACCAAGAAAAACUGCCACCUCAACUCUAACAUCGACAAAGGUUUAUUACACAGAGCUUUCAGCGUUUUCAUUUUCAACAGUGAGGAGAAGCUGCUCUUGCAACAAAGAUCCGACGCUAAAAUCACCUUCCCAGGCUGCUUCACCAACACAUGCUGCAGUCAUCCUCUGCACACCGACAGCGAGCUGGAGGAGGCCGACGCCAUCGGGGUGAGGAGGGCGGCUCAGAGGAGGCUCCAGGCUGAACUGGGGAUCCCCAUGGACCAGGUGACGCCAGAUGAAAUGACGUACCUGACCAGAAUCCACUACAAGGCCCAGUCCGACGGCGUGUGGGGGGAGCACGAGAUCGACUACAUCCUGUUCAUGCAGAAGGACGUGGAACUCCAUCCAGACCCAAACGAGAUCCAAAGCCACUGUUACGUGAGCAAAGAGGAGCUGAAGGAGAUGUUGGAGAAGGCGAAGCGUCAGGAGCUGCAGAUCACGCCCUGGUUCAGCCUCAUCGCCGACACCUUCCUGUUCAAGUGGUGGGAUAACCUGCACAACCUGAAGCAGUUCAUGGAUCACGACCACAUCCACCGCAUGUAACGGCAACAGGAUCCGGCUCGAGCCCGGUUCGUUUCAGACCUGAUUGUGGGCUGUGGAGACCCAGGACUAGACUGUGAUCCUGCACUAGAAAGCAGAAAACGUGUAAAAAAUCAGAUCAAGUAGUGAUGUCGGAGCCGCAUCCGAACACCAGAUCCAUCCACCAGCGCGAGUAUUCGGCUGAAAUCUGUAAAUACCGAAAAGCCACCGAGGAAAAAGAACCUAUUUUUGCAUAAACUGUGAAGUGCCUGAGCCCAGGUGAGCAGGCUGAGGUGAGUAGUGUGUCCAGAUGUGUAUCAGCGACGUCGGCGAAUACAUUUGUAAGCUUUUACACGAUCCAUAGUUUGUGGUUUUAUUUUCAGACGUAGGGGAACUUUUCACAUUACUCAAUAAAGUCUGUUUGGAAAGUA